CCAAAGUCCAUCUGUACUGAGUGAACAGAGACAGUCAUCAGCAUGUCAGGUCUAGAUAACAUGGAGCUGUCCCCCCCCCCGUCAUGUCUAAAGGCAGAAUAUGAGACCAUUUUCACCACAGACUCCCUCCUCUUCCUCCAUGAGCUGAUCUCCACAUUUGAUGAGGAGGUUGAUCAGGUUCUAAAACUACGAGUGUCCAGAAAGGCCCAUUUGGACCUGUCAGGUGACCUGCCGAGCUUUCUGGAGAGUAGCUCACAUAUCAGGAGGGACCCAGCCUGGAGAGUGCUCCCCGUCCCCCCAAGGCUCCAGAGGAGACACGUGGACAUCGGGGACCUGGCCCCCUGUGAUACCCAACGCUUCAUUCAAGCUCUGCAGUCACCUGCACAAGGCAUACAG